GUUGAGAGGCCUGCUGCAUUCCGGCCUCAUGAAACUGUAGUUGGUGGCGGUGAAUUCACAGGAGCGACUACUAAUAGGACAGAUUUCGAUCGAAAAGAGGGUGGGCGUCCAAAAGCUUUCCGACCCGACUUCACUGCUAUUCAAUCUGGAGAAUUCACGGAUGUCACGACCAACAGAGCCGAUUUCAAUCGCAAGAAGGGUGAAAAAAGCCGUGCCUAUCGUCCAGCAGUGACAUCUUUACCUAGCGGUGAUUUCUCUGGAGUAACCACAAAUCGAGCCGAUUACGAUCAGAAAAUGGCUAGGCGCAGUUCGCCCAUACGUCCAUCGUCCUCGAAUCUGCUUUUGGAUGGUCCUAUGGAUGCACUUACCAUCACACAGGCUGACUACCAGGGACGACGGGGAGAGAAGUCAAUACCAGUAAGGCCUAAGAGUAACGAAAUUGAACGUGGGCGACCAUUUGAUGGACAUUCCACCUACCAGGAUGGUUACGUUCCUAAAGAAGCACCUCGCCAGCGCUCUGUGCGUCCCAAAGAGACAAACUAUCUAUCGAGCGAUGCAUUUGCCGGAAACACCACACAAAGAACGGAUUUCACCACGAAGAAGGUGGACAUAUGUCCGGCCGAGAAGGUGUUGAGCAGGAGAGAUCGGACGUACGAAUUCUCAGGAACUCGCAAUGGUCACGACUUCUACCAUCAUCGGGUCACCCAUGGUUCACGCUCGUACUCCACGCUUGUUCCAGUUGCUUGA